AUGUCCAGACCAGAGCAUAUUGCACCACCAGAACUUUUCUAUGGCGAUACAGAAGCUGGAAAGUACACAUCUAAUACUCGUGUACAACAAAUUCAAGCAGAAAUGACAUAUAGAGCACUAGAAUUGAUGGCAUUACCUGAAGGUCAACCUAGUUACUUGCUCGAUAUAGGAUGUGGAAGUGGUCUUUCAGGUGAGAUACUUGAUGAAGAGGGUCAUUAUUGGGUCGGUUGUGAUAUCGCUCCAUCCAUGUUAUCAAUAGCACUUGAGAGGGACUUAGAAGGUGAUCUUCUCCUUCACGAUAUAGGAAAUGGCUUCGGAUUCAAGCCUGGUUCAUUUGAUGGUGCUAUAUCUAUAUCAGUUUUACAAUGGCUUUGUAAUGCAGACACAAGUAGCGCUAAUCCUGGUAGUCGUCUUAAUAAGUUUUUCACUUCACUUUAUGCAUCAUUAUCUAGAGGUUCACGCGCUAUUUUUCAAUUUUACCCAGAAUCUGAUGAUCAAGUGAGCUUCAUUAUGGGUAUCGCACAGAAAGCUGGUUUCACAGGUGGUUUAGUCGUAGAUUACCCGAACAGUAGAAAAGCGAAGAAAUUCUACUUGUGUUUAUUCGCAGGUGUUUCACCUAAGCAAGUUAACAUGCCAGCUGCAAAAACUGAUGAGAGUACCGUUAGUUAUGAGGGUAGACAAUCACUAAAGCAUCGCCCAACUCGUAAGAACGUCAAACAUUCAGCAAAGGAGUAUAUCCAACAUAAAAAAGACCUCCAAAGAAGCAAGGGUAAGGAAGCUGUACCAUUCGAUAGUAAAUACACUGGUAGAAAGCGUAAACCAAGAUUCUAAGCGUGUUGGAAAGAUAUUAUGUAUUUUUAUUUAUUUUUAUAGAAAAGAAAUUAAUAGUUUUUAAUUGGUAUACCCCGUCUCUCUUCUUAUCCUGAAUGUUCAACGACGGUAGUUUGUAAUCUACCAUCUUUAACGAUAGUCUUGAGUUGUUCCGGUAUUGGCUUUUCAACAAAGUCGCCAUCAUCACCUUGUGGAACGCUUAUAUUGAUUGAUGAAGUCUUUGCUGUAAUAAUCUCUGUGUCUGACUCAAGACAUUGCUUGCUGAGGUAUAUUUGACCAACAUCGGUGUUGUCAACCGUGACAGUAGGAGCCAAACCGAGUAUUUGAACAGUAAAGUUUGGUGAUGUGGUUAUACUUAAACUAGAAACUAAGUUCUCAAGUAAAACUGAAGUUUUAUGACAGCCAACAAGGUUGACAGCGUUUACUUUCCCUUUAACUUGAAUAACUGAGUUCUUGCAGUUAAAGAUGUUAACAGUUUGAGUGAGUUUAGUAUCCUCGAUUACGAUAUUGUUGUUACCAGUAUGGUUCUC